AUGGCGAAGCCUCUCCGCUCUCCCAUCCCCGGCCUGCCCCUCCUCCCCGCCUCCCUCCUCCUCGCGCUCUUCCUCCUCCUCUCUCCCUACUCCUCCCCCUUCCUCCCGCCCGCGCCGCUUCUGGCGGCUGCUCAGCCCACGGCGGCGGCAGCAGCAGCAGCAACGGCGUCGGCGACGGGCAGGGAGGUGGGGCGCGCGCAGGAGUCGGGGUUCUGUGACCGCUUCAUCACCACGAGUGACGGGUACAUUCUGAGCAUCCAGCGUAUCAGCAACACGUCUGUCACCGCGCCUCCCAUCACCAUGCUCGCUGCCUCCACCUCUGCUGUUUCUGCUGCCACAGCCCCACUCACCACCACCACACCUACGCCUGCUCCCACCAACGCGGUUUCCGCGGCCGGUGCAGCUGCUGUGGCAGCAGCAGAAGCAGCAGCGCGGACAGUGAGCGCAGCAACUGCAGGCUUAUUCGCCCCCUCUGCCACCACCGGCACAACCACUCGCACCACGACUCCUGCUGCUGCUGCUGCAACCACAUGGCCAGCAGGACCCGCAACAGCAACAACAGCAGCAGCGGCAAGCACCGCCGUGCCUGAGCUUCCGUCCCUGCCAUCCCUCCCGUCCGGUCGCCCCAUGCUUCGCCCCCAGCAGCAGCAGCAGCAGCAGCAGCAGCUCCAGCGCCAGGAGCUACCUACCACCACCACCACUCUUCCCUCCUCCCAACCUCUCUCCCAACCCAUCGCGCAGCCGCUCGCGCAGCCUCGCUCCACCUCCCAGCCGCAGACCCUGGCACAGACACAAACCCAGGCGCGUGUGCUGCCGCGGUACCCGGUGCUGCUGUCCCACGCCAUGUUUAUGUCCAGCGACCUCUGGUUCGCCUUCUCCAACCAGAGCGGCUCCGACCCGCUCAUUCACAAGCGCGUGCCCGUGGGGCUGUGCAACCGCGGGUUUGACGUGUUCCUGCUCAACCACCGCUCCACUGAGUUCUCCCCGGGUCAUGUCGCCUACAACACCCGCCAGUGGCUCGCCACAAUCGACAUUCCAUCAGCGAUCGAGCUCGUGCUGGGAGUGACAGGCGCGCCCAAGGUGCAUCUGCUGGGAUUCAACGAGGGGGGUAUGCUGCCCUUCGCCCUGGGCAGCACGUCCCCGCGCUACCUCGAGCGUGUCACUGCCUCCGUGUCGUCUGUCGCGCCAACGGUUUUCUUUCAGAAUGUCAAGUCACGUGUGCUUCGCCAGUGGGCACUCGGGCCCUCGCCUGACGCUACCGUGUACCAAGCUCAUCUCCUGUACGGCGCCUACAAUCAUGGGAGUAGCACGGAGCUCCUAUCAGGCAUACUGGAGGCGGUGGGGUACAACAUGCUCACCUACUUUGUCACCACGGGCGACCCCCAGGACCUGCUCACCAACAUCACAGGCAACCCAUGCUGCACGGACCCUAUGGAGCCCCCUGCUGCCCCCACACCUGGGUGGAUUGCCACGUCGUACCGCAACCUCAUUCACUACCAGCAGCGUGAGUGGGACACGCAUGGGAGGGAGAGGCAGGGAACGGGAGGGCACGGGAGGGAAGGGGAGGGAAGGGUAUUAGAAUUUGGCACUGCAAUCUGCCGCACGCUCCCUUUCUCUUGCCACUGGUUAAUACGCCCCUCCUCCCCCACCUGUGCCUGCGUGUAUGAUUGCAUGCCUGUGCACAUGUCUGGUGCAUGUGUGCAUGGUUUCAGUGAUCCGCAACGGUCUCUUCCAGCAGUGGGAUGCACUCAGUGCACAAGCCAACAUGGACCGCUACGGCGCUGUUUCUCCCCCCAUGGGGUACCCAUUCUCAUCAUGAGUGGCGGCAAUGACUGGUUUGGAGACCCACCCAACAUCCAGAAGCUACUAUCACAGCUCACACCUUCAAGCACCACCAGCGCAGGCUCUGCUGGUGCUGCUGGUCCCACCGUGACUCAUUUGGAGCUGCCUCGCUACUCUCAUCUUGACUUGCUGUCGAGUGAAACCGCAGUGCAGGAUGUGCAUGUUCCGCUUAUUGAGUACCUUGAGACGGGCCAUUUGGGCGGAUAA